UGAAUUCUCCAAAAUAUUUAAUUAGAUGACGUGUUCCUUAUUAGUCGAGACUAGAUUAAAAGUAGUCGAACUCAUAACAUGGCCAUAAUUUGUUUUAAGACGCUUUGAACAAUGGCCUUGUAUGUUAAUUUAUGUUUUUCCUCAACUUCAACAUAAUCUCCGGCAAACUUGUCCAACCAUAUUUUCGGUGGGACCCACUUUAUUGCAUCCGCAAAUAAUGAAGUAAAUGAAAGCGUUUUUUAACUACUAUUUCUUUAACGAUACCUUUGAGCGCCUACUUGUAAUCAACUAAACACUUUCAUGUUGCAAAGUUUAGUAAACUUUGCAACAUGAAAGUGUUGCAAAUGGGCCAAUAAACAGAAUGUCAUGAUGACAUUCUUUUUAUUGGCGUUUAAAUUAAAGGUUUUCUUUUCAGGCGGCAGGCAAAAUGCGCAGGGAUCUAGCUGAUCAAAGAGACGUUUUUUUCUUUUAUCUCGCUGUUAUUUCUUACGCUAAUUCAACGUGCAAGGUGAAGAAAGGCGAAGACGUAGACGACUCGUGCUCCCAAAAUUUCCUUCACAGCGUGAUCUAUGUCCUGUUCUGUCAUCAAGACCUUCGCCGAUGAGCGUCUAUUGGCUAGCAACCUCGGUAUUUCAUUUUUCCCAAGCUAUUGCUUUGGGGUAGCUGUCAAGGGAAACUCUAUUGUUUUCGAGACAUAUCCAAGACCCAGACGAUAAAAUUUUCCCGAGGUAAGUUACCUGGGGAAAAAUCGGUCACACCUAAAAAAUCAAGUUUCCCUAGGCAAACUGUCAACAACGCGGGGCUUCUAGCUACAGGUCUCACGCAAGGCCCCUUCCCUUCAUAACUAAAAGUUGUGUCAUCGAGGAGUCCUUUGUACGCUAACUUUUAGUUAUGAAGGGAAGGCGUCUUGCGUGAGACCUGUAGCUAGAAGCCCCGCGUUGUUGCCCAUUCUCCUUGGGCAGGUCUCUGCCAGAAAAGCUGAUAGGGUGAAGGAAAGCAAGUUUCUUACCGAGUUUGUUUCUUCACAGCAUUAUUCCUGGUAGAUGCAGUAAAUGAAAUGUAUCUGUGGCAUGGCUGGUGGCCGAAUGAUGAAGAUUCAGAAUCCAGAGCUUCCACAACUGGUUCUGCGGAAACGCGUUGGAGUAAUGACCGAAGAUUGGCAAUGGAAACGAUAAAGUCUUACACUCAAGGUACUGUUUUAUUCUCUCCCACCACCAUCAUCCCCCUGCCCCCUCCCCGCCCCCUCCCCAACCCGUGUAAUGUACUAUUUCCUCUCCCACACACGGGUCUGGGAAUUUAAAUCUCUCUAGAACUAGUUUGGAAAGAUCUUAUGUCUGAGCCCUCCCAUUCUUCCUGCAAACCUUGCGUUCGUUGAUUUCGCCUCGGCCAACAUUUCAUUCCGACUGUCUAUACCUGGGUCUCCGAGGGUAAGGAAGUACAGGUAAACCCUCAAUAAGCGGCUACCCUUGGGGGACCGGCCAGUGGCCAUGGCUGCUUAAUAGAGGUUGGCCGCUCAAUAGAAGUUCGUCAUAAAUUAGCAUAAUCGUGAGUAGAAACAUCACUUUAUUUGAAAACACUCGACUGAGGCAGCGUUACUGGUCCGCACCUUUUUUCAUGGACUGUAUUUUCCUUCAUCAUAUUUUUUAAAUAAAGCCAAAGUACGUGUAUCAACUGCUUGCUGGCCGCUUAGUUGAGGUGACAAUUACAAUUAUUUCGGGACUUGAUUGCUGUCUGCUUCAAAGAGGCCGCUGGCCGCUCAUUGAAGGUUCGACUGUAUAAUACUUAGGCACUAAACUUGUCUCUCUUUUUUAAGCAAAAGACCGCGAAUUUCAAGUUUUCCCUUCAUUAACCUUGAAGUCAUUUCUUGUUUUCAGAACUUGAACGCGAUUUCUCCCAAGUAUUUAUUGUGUUUGCUGGUCUGGAACCGAAGUCCUUCCAGAAUCUUUUCCCCUUCUGGGAAGACCGACCAGAUGUGGCUAAAAUAAACCGAUCGGUAAGUACUUCUUUUAUUACAUUUAUUUAGUGUUUAAUGUGAAAUUUACUCGUUCCAGACUAAAUUAUUUACCAAUAAAAGCUUAUUUUUAAUAGAUACAGCAAUUUAAGAAACAAUUUCAAGGACCUCUAGGCUGUUUUCACACAUCCUAUAAAUAAGAAGCGUACCAGCUCGAAGAUGUACAUCAUAGGUUUUUUAUGCGGCUGUUUAUGCAUUACAAUAUGACUUUCCUUCUUGAUCCUUCUUUCAAACAAUUCAGGGUAACAUUUUGUACAAGGCUUUUGUGUGCUGGUUUUCUCUGAAAAUUAGCCCAGGUUCAAAAACGUUUGACUGUGAACUCUUUCUGUUUUGUUGCUUUUAGACUGGAAGGGUUGAUGGAGAUAGUCUAAAGCUGGAAACGGAACUUGCAAAGCUUUCGAGGUUUGUCUUUUUGCAUUUCGUCCCGGUGGUGGUGUGAACACAUUUAGUCCUUCAAUUAUUAAUUUAUUAAUUUAUCUCUCAGUUUAUUUAUUUAUUUAUUGUAAAUUAAACUAGUAAAGAAUUUAUUCCAUUUUUGCUGCGUGCGUAAACUAGGGAGAACCGUGUUUGUUUUAUCAGAGAGAAAAAUUUCUAAUUUUCUUGAUCGACUGUUUUAACAUUUACUCUUUACAUUAACUCUUCGUUUUUUGACAUGUAGAAAAGAGUAUAGCUUGGAGGAACUCAAGCAAAAACCACCACCUGAAGGAGUGGAUCCCUCGAGACUUGAAACAUACCUUAGCGAAGCUGACUUCGAGGUAAGAACUGCAUUUCUCCUUGAACUGCAUCUUCAGUUUGUGCAACCUGACUGCUGGCAAAUAAAAGAGGUUUUUAAAAGGGGUUUAUGAAUUAUUCAAUAAAAAACCUGAAAAAAUUUCCGACACCACUACUGGUUCAGACUGCGAGUGGUCCCCAUUUCGCCUUCCGCCUUUCGCCUUUCUCGCGUGGGUUGAUUCUCACGCGCGCUCGCGUUUCUUCGCUCUACUCUUAUCCCUGAGGGAAAAUGGGUACUACUCGUAGUCUUCGUCUGGUUUCCCCGCGUAGAGUCGACUAAGGAAAGAGCGCAGAAAUUCCAUACUGAUGGCGAUUUAGCUAGUGCUUCUGAUUGGUUGAAGUAAAUCGCCCUUUUGGCCCGACCAAUCAGAACUGAAGUACUACCCAGAUCUUGGUAGUGACAUUUCAUCAGUUUGGAGUUUCUGCGCUCGUUCCUCAGGGGAAACCAGUGUUGGCUGUCUUCUCAGGCUUAUGAAUUAAAAGUUUUUUUGGUUUGUUCCUUUCGCAGAAAGCGUUUAACAUGACCAGAACCGCUUUUGAUGCGCUGGCAAUGUGGAAGAAGACGAAUCUGAGGAAGAAAGCUGGCCUUUUCUAG